AUGUCUCAACAUAUUAGCCAUUCCGCUCAAUUUGAAGAAACAGUGAAAACCCAAUCCUCGGAGAAGGUUGUCUUGGCCGAUUUCUAUGCCGAUUGGUGCUCUCCAUGUCGUAAAAUUGCUCCGGUGGUAGAGGAAUUGGCCACAACCUACCAACAUUGUAUGACAGUGGUGAAAGUAAAUGUUGAUUCUCAUGAAGAACUCUCCGAUAAAUAUGAAGUGAGACAAAUGCCGACGUUUGUGUUUAUCAAAGACAAUGAAGAGGUGGAUAGAUUCAUUGGAAGUAGUGAGGAUGCACUUCGGGAGAGAGUGAAGAAGAAUUGUUAA